UCUCCAACAAUAUGGUUCGCCGUCACAAGACCUCACCAACCAAAAAGUGCAGGCCUAUAAAAUAGCACAGCGCCAUCAGUUUCUGAGCCUCAUGGGUGCGUAGGAUAAGCCUGCCAGCGCAUGUUAGCAUCCACGACUUCUCUCAUGCUUGGAGUCCUCUGUAGUACCCGCCCGAAGCCUUGGAUCCUCAACUCUCUCUCUUCAUUCCUUCACGGCUCCGCCGCUCACCACCAUCAUAACCACCACGCUCGACUACCUCCCACCUCCUUUCAUUUCGGCGCCGACGCCGAUGCCUCUCGUCGGCGCCAUCACUCCAGCGCCUGUAAGCUCGAUGGCGGCGGCGCCGCUUCCGUAUGGCACGUCAUAUUGCCGUCUGGCGGCACUGCGGGGUUUCGGAGCGAUCCUCGUCGCGCACUGAUGCUUCACCAGGAGUUGAAAGGGGAGGGGUCUUGGAAUGCAGCCUGGGACGCACGCCCUGCCAGGUGGCUUCACCGUCCAGACUCGGCCUGGCUUCUCUUCGGCGUUUGCGCCUGUCUCGCGCCGCCUCUUUGGCUUGAAACCAAUCCGGAAGCUCCUUCCUCGGACGAGAAAAUCGAAGAUGGUGAAUUGAAGGACGCCGGCAGCGACAAAGUAGAUGAAGUCUCUUCCGAUUACAGAGUCACAGGGGUGCUUGCCGAUGGUCGAUGCCUAUUCAGAGCGAUAGUUCAUGGAGCUUGCUUAAGAAAUGGGGAAGAAGCGCCUGAUGAGAAUCGCCAGAGAGAACUUGCUGAUGAACUAAGAGCUCAGGUGGUGGAUGAACUUCUUAAAAGACGCGAGGAAACAGAAUGGUUUAUUGAGGGGGAUUUUGAUGCGUAUGUGAAGAGAAUUCAGCAGCCAUACGUAUGGGGUGGGGAACCGGAACUGCUGAUGGCUUCUCACGUUUUGAAGACACCGAUCUCGGUCUUCAUGAGGGACAGAAACUCUGGUGAUUUGUCAAAUAUAGCAAAUUAUGGUGAAGAGUAUAGGAAGGAGAAGGAGAGUCCCAUCAAUGUGCUAUUUCAUGGGUAUGGUCACUACGACAUACUCGAGACCUUAUCAAACCAAAAUUGCCUGAACAUAAACGCGUAGGAGUUGGGUACAUUAGGAUCUCAUUUACCUUAAUCAUACUGUUAAGAAUUGUCUGGGGAAGAGCUUGUUUCUGCCUAGAAGUGGCUCGGUAAAUCUUGAAGCCUUUUAAACUUCAGUUUCUGCUGCAGGAACUUCAAUUUUAUUCAAGCAAUAGGCUUGUGCAAAUUUUGAAGUUGCUUAGUUUUUUUCUUUUUUCCCUUAGAAGUUCAGUAUAGACACAACAAUGAGAAUAAUCAUAAUAAUAAGUUUUGUGGUAAUAAUGGUGAUCCAGGAUUUGUGUUUGGUAUUUUCGGGGCAUCACUGAUUCUCUGACCCGGCUUUUCUCUCUUACAUGGGCACCACGUCCAUGUUAUUCUCAAAAAUUCGGUUAUUAUGCUUUUGGUCAGUGAGGAAUUGGAUUAUUCAUUCUUUUUGUUGCUUCACUUUCUCCUCUUGGGUAGUGAAGAACAGAGGGCAUGUUACGCAAUUUGCUUGGCGCUAGGCUGUGUAGCGUGGGUCCACAUUCUCAGCAGGAGUUGGAAUAUUGUACAAAUGUAUAUUUGGUGAUUUUUCCUUCCUAUGGAUGGAUCAUAUUCUUUUAAUGAUUAAUAGAUUUGGGGAAUGACACAAGUUACCCUUACCAGGGCUUCAUUCUCUCCUAUACUAAA